AUCUCACUCACUCACUCACUCACUCACUAUUGUGCAGAUAUGUGUGACUGUUUCAAGUACGUCUGUUUGAUGUUCCGACACUCGGAUAUAGGCGAGCAGAUAGAGUUGUCAUCCUAGCUUAACUUGUAUUUGUGGUGUUAGGUGAGAUCGCCCGGCGUGUGUUGCUAAAUUCAUAUGUUUGAAUUUGCAGUGCAGGAGAUACGAAGGAACAUUACCAUGUGUGUACAUACAUUCAUGCUAUAUUUCUUAUCCGUAAGAAUGAAGAAACGUCAAAUUGUAAUAAUGUUGGUGUACAAUGACAAGCUUUACAUCUACGUUGUGUCAUAUGAUAACGAUCCUUCGCAUGAAAAUAAAAUCCCACCAAACUGUUUCGUGCCACAGCUGCAUACCCAUAUUCGUGUAUACCCAUCCAUAUCCUUGAGAGGGAAUUUUGAAGACCUCAUGACUCGGAAUGGAGUGCCCCUGGAGUAUGUUAUGGUCUAUGAAGCCUUGCGACUGAAAUCAUUCUUUGGUGUGGACAUAGCUGUAUCCCGCAUACAGCUUGCAAAGGCAGGGUUCUAUGCGACAGGAAAUGGUGACGAGACAAGGUGCUUCAGCUGCGGCGUGCGAUACAGGAACUGGCAACAUGGGGAAAGACCUGCCAGUGUGCCUCAUAAACAUAACUGUCGACAUAACCAUGAUUUACAUCGCGGAAAUGUGUCUUUUACCGAAAACCCACUGUCUUCAAGUAUUGACUGUGCAUUGACACGACUAUGGUACCCAACUUCGGAUUUCGAUGUUCAUGAUCCAUCUCCCGAGACCCAGCGACUCUCCAUAACUCAUCCAAACCGUCGUCCUACAUCUGCAAUUUCUCCACACCCAACGACGGGUACUAAUCACCAAGCGCCUUGUUACAGCUCUGAAACCAAUAGACUUGCAUCGUUCCGAGGGUGGCCGAGUGAAAGUUCUUUGCGGGAACUUUCUGCAGCUGGUUUCUACUAUACAGGCAACUCGGAUAAUGUUCGGUGCUUCCGGUGUGGACUUGCGCUCACAGCAGGGGAUGACGAAGACGACCCGUGGCGGGUUCAUGCUCGUUUGAGACCAAACUGCCCUUUCCUGGCAACAAGAUGUCCCACAGAUACAACGCCACAGGUUGCAGAAUCACGCUCCCAUGAGAUGCAACCUCAGAAAACAGAUCCGAAACAUAAAGAAGAAACCAAAGAUUUGACAGAGUCGAAUCUGUUGAAGGCCACAAAAGAAAACACAGAACAGCUGAGAGAGUCAAGUACAUGUAAGGUCUGUCUGGAGAACCCUGCCAACAUCGUCUUCCUUCCCUGUGGGCAUCUGGUAGCCUGUGGCGUGUGCUCACCAGCUCUAGAACGUUGCCCAGUCUGCAGGAAACACAUCCGGGGAACUGUCCGUGUCCAUCUGGCACAUAUGGCGUCCCGAGAAGCAACAACGCAAAACACAUCACAUAAUGUUGUAACUAGCUCACAGACAGCAGAGAGGGCGAAUAUGGGUUACAAUAAUCAUCAGUCUGAACAAAUAUCAGGAAACAUUUCUCCGAAGCAAUCGACUUUGUCAGACAGUGAAAGAGGGAAUAAUGGAAUCAAUAACUCGAAUGCUGCUGUCAAUGCUUCCCUAAGUUUGCCAGUUACCAGUCAAAGUCGAAAAGCAGAGAGGAAUCAAAAACAUGAUAAAACCAAGGACCAGUUAAUGGCUACAAAAGAAGAGACACGGCAGCUGAGAGAGUCAAGUACAUGUAAGGUCUGUCUGGAGAACCCUGCCAACAUCGUCUUCCUUCCCUGUGGGCAUCUGGUAGCCUGUGGCGUGUGCUCACCAGCUCUAGAACGUUGCCCAGUCUGCAGGAAACACAUCCGGGGAACUGUCCGUGUCCAUCUGGCACAUAUGGCGUCCCGAGAAGCAACAACGCAAAACACAUCACAUAAUGUUGUAACUAGCUCACAGACAGCAGAGAGGGCGAAUAUGGGUUACAAUAAUCAUCAGUCUGAACAAAUAUCAGGAAACAUUUCUCCGAAGCAAUCGACUUUGUCAGACAGUGAAAGAGGGAAUAAUGGAAUCAAUAACUCGAAUGCUGCUGUCAAUGCUUCCCUAAGUUUGCCAGUUACCAGUCAAAGUCGAAAAGCAGAGAGGAAUCAAAAACAUGAUAAAACCAAGGACCAGUUAAUGGCUACAAAAGAAGAGACACGGCAGCUGAGAGAGUCAAGUACAUGUAAGGUCUGUCUGGAGAACCCUGCCAACAUCGUCUUCCUUCCCUGUGGGCAUCUGGUAGCCUGUGGCGUGUGCUCACCAGCUCUAGAACGUUGCCCAGUCUGCAGGAAACACAUCCGGGGAACUGUCCGUGUCCAUCUGGCACAUAUGGCGUCCCGAGAAGCAACAACGCAAAACACAUCACAUAAUGUUGUAACUAGCUCACAGACAGCAGAGAGGGCGAAUAUGGGUUACAAUAAUCAUCAGUCUGAACAAAUAUCAGGAAACAUUUCUCCGAAGCAAUCGACUUUGUCAGACAGUGAAAGAGGGAAUAAUGGAAUCAAUAACUCGAAUGCUGCUGUCAAUGCUUCCCUAAGUUUGCCAGUUACCAGUCAAAGUCGAAAAGCAGAGAGGAAUCAAAAACAUGAUAAAACCAAGGACCAGUUAAUGGCUACAAAAGAAGAGACACGGCAGCUGAGAGAGUCAAGUACAUGUAAGGUCUGUCUGGAGAACCCUGCCAACAUCGUCUUCCUUCCCUGUGGGCAUCUGGUAGCCUGUGGCGUGUGCUCACCAGCUCUAGAACGUUGCCCAGUCUGCAGGAAACACAUCCGGGGAACUGUCCGUGUCCAUCUGGCACAUAUGGCGUCCCGAGAAGCAACAACGCAAAACACAUCACAUAAUGUUGUAACUAGCUCACAGACAGCAGAGAGGGCGAAUAUGGGUUACAAUAAUCAUCAGUCUGAACAAAUAUCAGGAAACAUUUCUCCGAAGCAAUCGACUUUGUCAGACAGUGAAAGAGGGAAUAAUGGAAUCAAUAACUCGAAUGCUGCUGUCAAUGCUUCCCUAAGUUUGCCAGUUACCAGUCAAAGUCGAAAAGCAGAGAGGAAUCAAAAACAUGAUAAAACCAAGGACCAGUUAAUGGCUACAAAAGAAGAGACACGGCAGCUGAGAGAGUCAAGUACAUGUAAGGUCUGUCUAGAGAACCCUGCCAACAUCAUCUUCCUCCCUUGUGGGCAUCUGGUGGCCUGUGGCGUGUGCUCACCAGCUCUAGAACGUUGCCCAGUCUGCAGGACACACAUUAGGGGAUCUGUUCGCGUCCAUUUGUCGGACAUGGCAUCACUAGCAUAAUAAUAUGUGGCGUGUGCUCACCAGCUCUAGAACGUUGCCCAGUCUGCAGGGGGCACAUCCGGGGAAUUAUUCGCGUCCGGUGAACUUUUAAUUCGUAUAUUACAUAACAUUCCAGUCUCAUGGCUGCACGUUGGUACCAGGACAUAUAGAUAUUUCUAUUCAUUACACAUGUCUUUCAGAAGCAAAAGCAAAACUACAAAGGUUUAACUGGAAUCAUUUGAACAUAUUUUUUUUGAGUAAAAACGAACGCUACAACUAAGAUUUUUCGUUUUAUUAUCUUAUUAUCUGUUUGUAAAAUGAACACCAAAUAUACAUUGCUUUGAAAUUAACAUACUGUUUGGAUAUCCUUGUAUGUAAUGCAAUGCGUUGGUGAUAUCAAGGGUGCAGUUGUGACCAAUGCAGUUUAUUGCUAAGUGCGUGAUGCUGUUAUCUUUUGGAAUGAAUGAAUGAGUUUAGUUUAACGCCGCUUUUAACAAUAUUCCAGUUAUAUCGCGGCGUGUCAGCUUAAUGUGGGAGGAAAGCCCGAAGUGAUACAGGUCUUAGACGU